UUUGCAGUAUUACUCUAACACAUCACCAAAAUGACUGAAAGGGAAGACCGAGGAGAUCCAGCAGAUAUGGGUGAUUUAACAGAAAGUGGAGAAUAUGAGGAUGAUUUUGAAAAAGAUCUCGAAUGGCUAAUUAAUGAAGAAGAAAAAGAAAACCUUGGUGAAAGAGAGAAUGCUGAAAAAAAUCAAGAGGAUAUUGAAGCACAAAUUGUUAAAGUUGUGGACAACUUUGAGGAAGACAAUGAGGAAAUGGAAGAAAAUCCAGAUCAGCUUUCAGAGGCAGAUGUAGAUGCGACAGUGAGACCCUCCAGUGAAGAAAGUUUGGAAUCCAGGUCUGAUAUUAAACAUGGGGACCGUGUAUCUGAUACUGAUAGUGAAAGCUCUAUCCAGGAAUCCAAGCUGGAAAACCAGCAGGAACUGGAUGAGGAAGAGGAUGAAGAAAUAAAGCGUUACAUCUUGGAAAAGAUUGAAGAAGCCAACAAACUGCUGGAGAAUCAGGCUCCUGUGGAUCAAAACAGAGAGCGGAAAUUAAAAUUUAAGGAUAAGUUGGUGGAUCUUGAAGUUCCUCCUCUAGAAGAUGCUGAAGUUUGUAAAACUGACCUUGCAAGGGGAGACGAUGUUUCAAAUAGCCUAUCUCGGUUGCAUAUUUCUAACGAAAUGGGACAGGAAAGCACUUCACUUUCUCCACGUGCUGGCAAGGAUGAGGAAAAGAAGGAUGGUAAAAUCCUAGUGGAAAAAGAUGGGAAGUUUGAACUCUUAAGUUUACGUGAUAUUGAAAGCCAGGGCUUUUUGCCCCCAGUAAGCGUUUCUUUUACUGAUAUUGAAACUCAACAUAUGUCUCCAAAAUCUUCACACUACGGUCCUUUUGGCACUGUCUCUCGAGUGAAGGAAGUACCCCCAGUAAGACCAGGAGCACGUUCUUUUUCUCCUGGUGGAGAAGAGUGCGCGUAUUUCCCUAAGCCUCCAUCUAACCCUAAGCAUCGUCCAAAUUCUGCUAUCAAUGCUGCAAGAGGUCUGGGAAAACGGAAGACUCCGCAGAGGGCACAGUCUGCAAAUGUGCCCGUGAGAAGCUCCACUUACUGUCUUUCUCCCCGACAAAAAGAAUUACGGAAGCAGUUAGAACAAAGGAAGGAAAAACUGAGGAAAGAGGAAGAAGAGAGGAAAAGGGAACAAGAAGAACAGAAGAGAAGAGAGAAUGAGAUGGUUUUUAAAGCUUGGUUACAGAAGAAGAAAGAACAAGUGCAAGAAGAAAGGCGAAUUCGUCGUGCAAAGGAGCUGGAAGACUUGAACAGCAAAGAGAGGAGCAGGAAUCCAGAAGAAGCCUUCAAGUUAUGGCUUAAAAAAAAGCACCAAGAACACAUGAAAGAAAAACAGAUGGAAAUGUUGAGACGCCAAGCUGAGGGAAUGGCCUUUUUUCCAAGGACAGAGGAAUGCAACAGAGCCUUUAAAGAGUGGCUAAAAAGAAAGAGAGAAGAAAAACGAGCAGAAGAACUAGCUGCUAAAGAGAGAGCAAGGCAGCUUAGAUUAGAAGCCAGAAGAGCAAAACAGAUGCAGAACAUCCACUGUAUUAGUUCAGAGCCAAAAUCCUUUCGCUUCACAGACCAUUACAGUUGA